CGGACGGUCAGUUUUUAAGCGUCUCCCCGGGAUCAGCAACUAGUUAGCUCCGCCCAUUCGCCGUUCUCGUUCCUCCCGUUUCUUCCGUAUCGUCGCCGGCCUUCGUCGCCGGAUUCAUAACUUCGCCCCUUCCAUCUCGUCUUUCAUCUGUCAACGCUAAUCGAAAGGCGGAAUUGGGCGAUCAGAGCUCCCGCACCGGAGGUCCGUUAGCCUCGGAUGAUUUGAUCGUUUUCGAGCGUCGCUUCUUGGAUUCUAUUAGUUUCUGGCCUCUGAAUCGGGGUUUUGGAGAUGGGUUCGAGGGAUGAGAAACCGGCGAGCAGUGGAUUCUUUGCUGCGAUCAGGAACUGGGGUAGUGUGGUGCAUAAAUCGGUAAAUGGGUUAUUGGGUUAUGAAGGACUUGAAGUAAUCAAUCCUGAAGGGGGCACAGAGGAUGCAGAGGCUGAAGCUCAAAGAGGAAGAUGGAAGCAGGAGGUGUUGCUUUGUUUAACUGCUGAUCGAGAUAGCUACUGGCAGAUGAUGCACAAAUAUAUAGGAUCAGAUGUUACUUCACUGGUGACACUUCCAGUUAUUAUUUUCGAACCAAUGACAAUGCUUCAGAAAAUGGCAGAGUUAAUGGAGUACUGUCACCUAUUAGAUCUGGCAGAUGAAUGUGAGGAUCCUUACAUGCGGUUGGUGUAUACUUCUUCAUGGGCAGUAUCUGUCUACUUUGCCUUCCAGCGAACUUGGAAGCCUUUCAAUCCCAUCCUAGGAGAGACUUAUGAAAUGGUCAAUCACGGUGGAAUUAAAUUUAUUGCAGAGCAGGUCAGUCACCAUCCUCCAAUGAGUGCAGCUCAUGCUGAGAAUGAGCAUUUUAUUUAUGACAUUUCUUCUAAAUUGAAAACUAAGUUCUUAGGAAAUUCGCUGGAAGUCUAUCCAGUUGGAAGGACAAGGGUGACUCUGAAAAAAGCUGGUGUUGUCCUGGAUUUGGUGCCCCCUCCCACAAAGGUUAAUAACCUUAUAUUUGGACGUACAUGGGUCGAUUCACCUGGGGAGAUGGUUAUGACAAAUUUGACUACAGGGGAUAAAGUUGUGCUUUAUUUUCAACCAUGUGGCUGGUUUGGGGCUGGCCGAUAUGAAGUGGAUGGAUAUGUAUAUGAUGCAGAAGAAGAACCCAAGAUAUUAAUGACCGGGAAAUGGAGUGAGUCAAUGAGUUGUCAGCCUUGUGAUCAUGAAGGGGAGCCCUUACCAGGCACUGAACUUAAGGAGGUCUGGAGAGUUGCUGCCACACCAGUGAAUGAUAAAUAUCAGUAUACAUAUUUUGCUCAUAAAAUAAACAGCUUUGACACGGCGCCGAAAAAGUUGCUGGCAUCAGACUCUAGGUUGCGGCCCGAUAGAUAUGCUCUUGAGAAAGGUGACAUGUCUAAAUCUGGUACGGAAAAGAGCAGUCUGGAGGAGCGGCAGAGAGCCGAAAAAAGACAUCGAGAGGUCAAGGGGCCCCAGUUUACCCCAAGAUGGUUCAACAUGACUGGUGAAAUCACUCCCACUCCUUGGGGUGACCUGGAGGUGUAUGAGUAUAAUGAUAAAUAUAGCGAACACAGGCUUAAUGUUGACAGUUCCGAUUCCCUUGAGGAGGUUGACAUGACCUCCAUUGAAUUCAACCCCUGGCAGUAUGGUAAUAUGGCUGCCGAAUGAGGUAUUUGGGUUACAUGCAAGCCCCCCUUUCCUAUAUCUGGCAAUGCAUCUGGGCAUGUAGUUUUAAUAUUCGGCAUUGUUUUAAUGGUGGUUUCAUGUAUCUGUAUUGCAGUCGAUAACUCUUAUUAUGCUUAAGGAGUUGCUUGGAUGCCACCAUUGCAAAUA